AUGGUCGCUAUAAACGCUCCCAGAGGUAAACACCGUCAUCGGGUUCGUCGAGAAUCAAACAAAUUCGCCCGCAUUCGCCGGUAUUGGUACCUAAGUCAUUUGUAAGCCAACGACGCGAUAACGUUACUCGUACCGUUUUUCCACUUUUUUUUUUUUUUUUUGUUUUCUUACCAAACGAAUCAGUCACGUGCGCGAAACAAAAAAUUGUAACGUUAUACCUAUAAUCCAAAUCGUACGUGUCUAUAUAAUUUUUAAACUGAAUUUUAAACCAUAGUAAUAGAACGUAUCUCUCAAUGGCGCAGCCAGGAUUUUUCGAAGUGGUUGUUACAUAUCUAGAUACAUAUACGUAUUAUAUAUAUAUAUAUAUAUAAAAUACGCUUUUAAAUGAAUCGUUAUUACUUAAACACGGAACAAGAGAGUGUUCAGGUACCCAGCACAUUACGUCUCCCCCUCGAUUGCGUCACUUAUUUCUCUGUCAUCUCUAUCAAGUGUAACGCGUGAUAUUGUGAGAAAAAAAUAUUUUAUUACUUGCACGCGAAAUUCAUUUAAAUAAAUAAAAAAAAAGUCCAAAAAUGAAUUAUUAGAAUUCUAAUUAAGAAUUUUAUACUACGACGAGAAAUACAUGUUGUAUAACAUCUACAACUUUCGGUGGGAGGGGGGUGGUAUAUGGACCAGAAACAAAUGAGUAUGGAAAUAAUAAAACAAUGAACUAUAAACAUAUUAACAUUUGAACAAAAGUAAAACAAAUAAAGAACUUGAAUUUGGAAUAUCAAGAUAAACUACUCCGAUCGUGUAUACGUACACAUAUUAUAUUUUGUACUUACAGCUGAUAUUCAUUCCCGUGCGUUUUUGACUUACGAAUUACUACUUACAAAAUAUCUUACCAACCGGAUGUCGGCGAGUUUGUAAUAAAUUAUUGUCGGUCAACGUCACAGACGUGAAAACACAAUAUUACUCGUAUUAUUAAAGCAGAGGACUUGUAGCCCUAAAAACACUAAAUAAGUAAAACAAGCACUUCUGCACUUAAAAACCUUUAAUAUGCAUACAAAUAAGCUCUUAUAUUUUUUUAAGGUGAUUUAUUAAAAAAAAAUACAUUAUUUUUUUACAAUAUUGUUAAUAAAAUUUAAUUUCUUGAAAAUUCUAUUCUUCUGAUUAUGAAAAAUAAAAUUGUUUGUGUUUACUGUUUACAAAUAAAAUUUAUCUUAUCGGCGAUCCUCUUGACGUGUUUCAAGGAAAAACUAUAUUAUAUGAUUAUAAAACAACCAUAAUACGAUCAAAAUUUAAUUAAUUUUAAAUUCAACAAUAUUUUGGUAGCAUGUAAGAUAAAAUUAAAACGUCGACGGAAAAAUGAUAAAUUAUUUAAAAUUUGUUUCUAAAAGUAUAAAAUGGAAGAAAUAUGCCCUGAAAUCAAAAAAAAAAAACUCAAAAUAUGCAUUUAAAGGCAAAAUAAAAUGUUGAAACUAGCUUUGUGAAAUCAUUGACCGUAAUCGUUUCAUACUCUGCUAUUUUUGUUGUUGUGCAAAACAAAUAUGCAAAUACUACUAGUCCUCUGCCCUAAUUAUUAUUAUCAUUAUUAUAAUUAUACCAGGUGAUUCAUUUAUGUGGGUACACUCAUCAUCUCGGGAAGUAUUAACUUUUUCCGGAAUUUGUUUUCUAGAACAUUUAAGAAACAAACUGCUCUACAAUUUUAUGUAAUUUUUUGUCACCCUUAUUUUUGGGGGUAAAAUCACUACCUACUUUUGAUUCAAACGGCAACAUAUAUUAAAAAUUCCAUAAAUAGAUGGAGAAUUAGUCAAAAUUAAUUUUAGUAUUUAAAUUUUUGAUUUCCGUUGAUCCGUUUACGAGAUAUUCCACUUUUAAGUUUGGGUUGGAUGAGAGUAGUGGAGUGUCAUUUGUGUGGCUGUACGGCGCGCGAUGUGUUAUUAAUACACCACUAUUCUCCACCAACUUAAACUCUCGUUAAUGGCUUGACAGAAAUAAACACUUUCAACAUUCAAAUCUGUUUUAACUAAUACUCCAUCUAUUUAUGGAAUUUUUAAUAUAGACUGCCAUUAGAAAAUCAAAAGUAGGUAGUAGUUUUAACCCCAAAAAUAAGGGUUACAAAAAAAUAUCAUAAAUAUAAAGUUGUAUAGCUGAUUGUUUCUGAAAUGUUCUAGAAAACAAAUUCCGAAAAAAGUUAAUACUUUCAGAAAUAAUGAGUGUAUCAUUUAAAUGAGUCACCCGGUAUUAUUACCACCCGAAAUGGCCAAGACGAACGAAACAGCGCGCCCGUAUAUUUCGUUGGUCGUUUGCCUUUCGUUUCCUCUCGAAUUUUCACGAACCGUUCGAUUUUCGCGGUGUGUUCGCAGCUAUUCAAAUAUUCAUCUGCAAUCCGUGCGGGAUACGGUUCAGCUCACUGAGCACGUUGGACGCUCACCAGACGUACUAUUGUUCACGCAGACAUAAAAAAGGUAAUAUAAAAAACGUAAUUAAUUACUCGAAAAUCCCACCGUUGCAAACUGCAGGUGUAGCGCCAAAGUCUUGCGGAGGAACCAGCAAUAAUACACACAUAAUUCGCACCAUCAGAACGGUAGUGUAUACAUAAAAUAUACAUAGUAACGCGAAAAACCACGUUUUGGAGAAAAACUAGUUUAAAGUUUUUAUCCUGUAUUCGAUCUAUCAUCGUACAAUUUUGGAUUUGUGUAGUUUAUAGUUUAUAAAUACAUUGUAAUAUGUUCACACUAUGCUAUUUCCAAAAAUAAUACACGACCCAAUUUACUUUUGUUUGAACAAAAUUGUUAUUGUAUUUACAGCGACCCGAUUAUUUACCCAAAUACCUCACCGUUAUUUCUCGUUUAAAUUAUUCAAUUGUGUAGAUAAAAGGAAAUAAGAUAUUGCGCCGUAAAGAACUACAUUUUCGCUGUAGGAAAAAUGGUUUAUUAACUCAAAAUCGCAUGUUUUCAGUUUUGCAAUCACCACACAUUACCACAUACCGUGUUCUGAUAGUGCGAAUUAUGACAAUGCGGUUUAUUUACGAUACCAAUAAUCGUUGUAUUAUUAUGUAAAUAAAUGAUAAUUCGACCGAUCGUGUUUAUAGAUCCAGAGUCUGACGAAAUGAAGCUGCCGACCGUGGUCAUCGAAUCGGACGAAAUGGCUAUGGGCAACGACACGGACAGCUGUCCGUCGUCCGUCGAACCGUCCAAUAAGUCGGUCAGAACCGGAAAACAAUACAAGUGUCCUCACUGUAAUUACAGCGCUGACAAGAAAGUACGUAUACUUAAUACUAUUACAGUAGUUUAAACUAAAUUUGGGUUAAAAAAAACAACAUAUAUAUAUAUAUACAUAAUCAUGGAUGCCCGGAAGGGGGAGGGCAAGACGAAGCAUUUGCACCUUCCUCGGACUUCAAAAUUUCAAAAAUUAUUUUAUUUUAACUACUUUUUGGUGUUUGAUUUUAUUAUGCGCCUCCCUGAUAUAUUUCCUGCUUGCGCCCUUGUAUAUAAUCUUACACAUUGACGAACACUUGCCAUUUUCGAAAAUCUCCAAAACCGCCCAUAAGAACACGCCAUUUUUCUAUUACUGCUAUUAUAGCAGUGUAUCGAAUAGUCGCUAAAGUUGAAUAUCAGAAAAGUAGUAAAAUAGCAUACCUAUAUAUAGUAUUGAGUACAUUAUACGACGUGAAAUGUCUAAAACAGAUAGUCGUUUUUUCUACGCUAACGAAUAAAAUAACAAUAAUAAUAAAUUGUAAAACAAAUUAUAAUGAAAACGUACGUUGUUUUAAAACCUGAGCGUGGAGGUUCUAAUAUCACGGGCGUAUAGUAAAAACCUACCUUAAACAUAUAAUAUUCACCGCUCGUAUUCUUGGAUCCACCUCGAACGGGGAUAUUCGAAAGAAACUGCACUCGCCUGGAUACUAGGGGACUGGAGUAGAAUAAGCAACUGAAGUUGCCGGUUAUCUUCGCACAUGGCCUACCGAAUUCGGUAUCACUUCACGGUUUUGACAAAAGCACUGCAGUCUGUUACAUUUCGACUAGUUCGUAAUGUCUACUAGUAGUAUUAGUAUAUAGCGAUGAAGAUAUUAUCGUUUAUUCAACUAUCGUAAACAUCAAAACACCGCACGGAAAAAUUCAGACUAACGUCCCAGAUCAAUCAUUAUAUUGAAAAAAGAUAUUGACGAACUUGAUAUUGAAAUUCCGUUCCGUUAUAAUGUUAUUGAAAUGAAUACAAGUACGAAUAAUACGGGAUAAUAUGAUGCAUGACUUUGAAGCGACUCGGGCGCGAUUAGACAGUAGCGCGGAAAUGGACAUGACGUCCAGUCGCGUCAGUGUAUCAGUCGCUGCGAUUUCCGAAGCGCCGUCUGAAUGACGCCAUUAAAUAAUACACACGUGCAGAUGCCCGCGUGGUCGCUCCGCAGCAUCCUGCAGUAUCCAGGCGAUUGCGGUUUCUUCCGAGUAUCACCGUGCGAGGAGGGCCUUAUGCACAGUACACCGGAACCCUACAACGGAUCUCAUUAGGCGGACGAAAAGUGCGUUGCAGUUAUAGUUGAUAGAGGUAUACGCCUAGAAUAUAUCCACGGCGUGUACAAUAUGCAGAUGUAUGCCAGUUAAUCAUACAAUAAUGCCUAUAUUCAUAAAGAUGCAUGCGCGCAUUUAAUAAACAUUUUAAUAUCCAUACACCAUUAUGGCCUAUGUGUAAGUAUUAAUUACCUUUAUACACAUAUAUAUAUAUAUAUAUAUAUAUAUGUGUGUGUGUGUGUGUGUGUAUGUGUACGCGUAUACAUAUAAAUAUAAUAAUACAAACAGUGUAUAGGGAAAAUAAUAAUGUAUAUACCGAUGGUAGAUAACAAUUUAAUUAAAACACCCCUAUUUGUGUAACGAACAGAAUAAAGUAUUCUUUUUCGUUGAUUAAACGUAGAGAUAUACUUCUAUAAUAUUUUUAUACCGCCUAUAUACAUACUAAAACGCGAACGUUCUAGACAAUAUAAUAUCGCGUUGUGUUUUGCGGUUUUUUUUUUUUUUGUUUCUGUUUGAUACAAUUUCAGAAACAGUUCUCAUUAUCGUCAUCACUGUCGCGCGUACUACGAAUUAAAAUAGUACACGCUGUAAUAUAGCUGAACAAUACAAUCGCUCUUUUGCAUUAAGUACCUGUAGUGCAAAAUCAUAUAUUAUUGAGUCCGCAAAAAUUGCCGCGAACAAAUUUCUGUAUAGCCCCGGAGCAAAAUGGGCUCGAGUCAGAUUUUUUAUAGUUUUCAAAUAUACGAGCAAAUUACAUUUUCAGUAUUCCUCUAAUGACAUGAUCUAUUGCUAAAUGGCCUUCAAUGACGUUCUAAAUAGCUUCAGUCAUAUAUAAUUAUUUGUUAAUUUUUGCCAAAGAAAACCCGUAUCAAUUAAUCAGUCAAAUGUAUUUUGUUGCGAUUUGUAUGAUAUUCGUUAAAGUUUGAACCUAAUAAAAGCCUAUAAAAAAAAUCCAUUAAGUUGCGCUCAAUUUCUUUUUAUUAUCAAUUACAUCUUAUGGUAAACUUUUGUUAAAUUUUCAAGCAUUUUUACCCACAAAAAGUUUCAAAUGGCUAUAAAUGAUAGCUCCAAAUUUUCUGAAAAACCUACCACGCUCAGUAAAGCUAAUAUAUAAUUAUUCGCUAAAAAUUUCAGAUUUAAAAUAUUGAAUUUCAAUAAAAAAACAAAAUUCAUUAUAGCGCAGGUACAUUUCCCCGUUUUCCGACGGUUUUUUUUCCCCAAUCAUUAAGAAAACUAUAGAAGGAAUAUCUCAAACUAACAUUCCCAAUUCAUCGAUGAAAUUUUCAAUCGGAAGCCACCAAUGAGGUUGAUAAGGGAAAAAAUGGUGGAAUUUCUAGUGGAAAAUUAUAAACAGAUGGAACGAAAAUAAAAUAAAAAAAUACACACGUAAUGGUAAAACUAACACAUUCCUCGCUACGCUCAAGAUCCAAAACGAAAUAAAUUAUAGUUUACAGAUAAACACAAUAUAAUAUAUUUAAUAAUAAAAAGAGCUGAUACUGGGGACGGGUGCGGCCACUGUUGUAGGUGAAAAGUUGGGAAGGUAGGAUACAUUAGGUUAUUUCAUUUAUAUUUGUUAACAACGAUAAACCAUUGUUUGACGAAAGACGAUUCCGAGCGCAGUUCGGUAAUAUACAGUUUGAAGUGCCGUAAUAUUGUUUGAGAUUUUCGUUUAAAUUUGAUUUCAAAACGCUUAUUAAAAAAAAAAAAUCUUCCAGUAAUUUUGGAAAUUUUACCACGUUUAGGUAAGUCCAAUAUAAAUAUUAUUAUCAAGUUUCAAGUCUCAACGUGUAUAUAUAACAGAGUUAUAACGCAAUAACUUCUAAAAAUUUAAAUUUCUUAAAAACUCAAAAGUGGUUCAAAAGUUUUGGCAAUGAUACCGUAAGAAAGUAAAUCAAAAAAAGGUUUCUUGUGAUUUUCGAUUAAAUAAUUUUCUCUGGUAGUAAACGCCGUCAGUGUUUUUAUAAAAUAAUGAAAUCAUGAAAUUGUACGUUUUCCCACGUUUUUUUCCCAUUUCAGUGCUUUUAUUUAAAAAAUGGCGUCAAAAAUCGAAAAAUGACUUCUCUAAUGCCGGGUCCACACUAAUAAAACAAAAACAAAACAAAACCUCGACUUUUUUUGUUUGGAAUAUCCAAACAAAAACAAAACUGAGUUGACAAAAUUAAAACAAAACUAUAACAAAUUGACAAUCGAUUUCCAUACAGUCUGUAUUCAAUUGAACACCAAUUUCUUUUAAUGUGUCGGUUUUUUAAAAUUUAUUUGUAUAGUUCGCGUCCGUUGCAUCCCAAAAUAUAGGCGAUUCCCUGUAAAGCUCUGUAAGCUUACAAGUAUCUUCCAUGUUCCAUUUUAUUUUUGUGUUCAUACUAUGAAAAUUAUAAAUCAUAAUAUGUACACUUGCAAAUUACCGAGCUGCACUUAUAAACUGCACACUCACUACUAUCACACUAUUCGCACUACUCAGUAAAACACCGUUCACAUAUGUUCGACAAUGUUCGCCGAAACAAAAACAAAACACAAACCUUUUGAUGUUUAUCGACACCGCUCGGGACAAGACUUUGUUUUCAAAAACACGAACAAUUUAUUGGAAAAAACAUAAUUGUUGUAAAAAUGUUUUGAUUUUGUCGCAAAAACACGAGUUCGUGUUUUGUUUUAAUUUCGUCGUCUCAGUGUGGCCCAAAACCAAUAGCUUCCCCACUACGCUCGGAAUCUAAACGACGAUACGCCGCGUUGAGAUUUGUUAUCUAUAUUUUCAUAACCGUAACAUGGUACAAAAAUCACGUUCUUCCAAACUGUAUACUAGCGUAAUAAUGUACAUAAUAUCUAUAAUUUAGUAAAAAAAAAAAAUAAUAAACUAAUUAUAAUUUCAGCUAAAUUCGGUUAAACAUGUUUUGAAAGACCACAAUUUUUACGAUUCUCAUCAAAAUUUGAUCUUAAAAUGCUUAUAAAAAUAACUAGGUACCUACCAUAUUAAGCUAAACUUUUUUAAAACCAAGUACAACAUUGAACUUAUACAGCACAACUAAAUAAAAUUAUUAAAACAAUUUAAUACACAAAUUAAUGCUAAGAGAUAAUUUAAUUAUAAAUGAGUAGUAGUAAUAAUUACCUAAGAUUUCUGCUUUAUGAUCUUGAAUAUAUGCGUCAUUACUAAAAUGUUUAGAACAAAUAUAUGAUAAGCUAGGAUUUAUAUUAUCUCCCCUUCUACACUUUAGUGUCCACCUCUUACGAAACUCUGGGUUUUUUUUUUUUUUUUGGUAAUCUAAACAUACAAGUAAAUACUAUAUUUUUUAUUUGUAAUUAUAUUAAACAAAUAGUAUACGAGUAGAUAAAUCAUUUUUGAGGUCACUUAAAAUCUAGCAAAAUUAUUAUAUUUUUGUACAAUAUUUGUGUAUAACAUAUUAUUCAAAUAAAUAGUGUAUUAAAUGAUUUAUAUUAUUAUUACUACGAGUACAUGUAAAAAGAUACAUUAGUUUGUCCAUCUCGGUUCACCUUGCCAGCAUAAUAUUAUUAUUGCAUGUUGCUACUCCACAACACGAACAUCCUUUGGGUUUUAUCGAUUUUGUAGUCAUGUCUUCAAAUUAUUUUUACAAUAAACGUGGAUUAAAACACUGUUUGUACACGUUGUAACACGAGUAUAAAAAAAAAUAAUAAUAAAUCAGAAAUAAGCAAAAUUCGUAAGAAUACACAAGUAAUUUAGUGACACAAUAUUAUGUGAAUAACACUGCUAAACAAUAAUCACCUAAAAUGUUGUACUUCUUGUGACGUCACGGCGUUAUUUCCCCCCACUCCUAUAUAUUUUAAUAAUCUCUAAAUGAGGCGACCUCUACAUUCUAUAAACCUUGGGCACUAUAAUCACUUACAGGUUUAUUAUUAUCAGUAAUUAGUUACGUAUUUAGGCUUUUAUCAACGAGGAAGACAUGAAAUUUUAAAAUUGUGCGAUAUUAUGUGUAUAACGUGCAAACUAAAAAUGACAAAAAUGAUCAGUUUUUAUUACAUAUAAUUAAAACAGAAUACAAAUAACUAUUAUAUUAGUAACUAUUAAUAAGUGAUUAUAAAUCAAUUUAUUUAGAUACUAUAAAUCUAACCAUUAAUAACCACUAGUGGUUCUGAUGAGUCUCAUUUUAAACAAGAACAUAUUUAUACUCGGCUAUUUUGGAUUCAUUAACUACAAACACGUUUUUGAUUUUUUUGACUAGAAAAUAAAAAAAAAAAUACAUAAAUCUAAAAGGUUGGAGAUGAUAUGCAUACAAUAGAGUUAAAAAAAAAAAAAAACAAAUGGUCAAGGAGUAGAGAUAUACAUACCCCUAAUCUACCACUAAAUACGCCACUGUUCAGUAUAUAAUUUUUUGUUGCUGCAGUGGUGACAAAUAGAAAUACAACAAAUAGCUCAACUUAGAGGUUUCGUACGAGUGAUCCUUAUUAAUGAACUAAUAUAGCGGUAAACAGUUUAAUAAACUCGGAAAAAUCUUACUGAUAUGAUAAAAUAUGAUAAAAUAGUUACUUAUUAAUAUGUAUAGUUGCCGUAGGUCAAAACCAAACGACAUUUAACUAAAAUUAAAAACUAUUCCGCCAACAUGGGUUUUUAAGUUUUAUCACGAAUAUACGAGUAUGUUAUUGCCUAUAACAAGUUACAAUUAGCAUAUCCAAAAUCGGUUUGUCGUUGCGACGAAAAUUUAAAUUUAUUUAAAAAAAAGGAUCGAUUUUUAAUUUUCAACAAACAAUAUUCAAUGAAACUGUCUUUUGGCUUUUCGCUCCAUUCCACUGUCUGAAUGUGAACGUCGUCGAUUUUAUAAAUUCGAAAGCAAAAUUCGAUUUCUUUUACCGGGCUACGACUAUUUCUUCACCGAGUACGGUGAAUCUCGCAAAACCUCCGGCCAAGUCCACAAUAAUUAUAGUAGAAACUUUUGCUCACGUGCAUACACAUUUGUAAAAAACGACACGCGACUGCACGAAAUAAAGUAUUGUUUGUAACUUGUGUAUUGUAUUGUUUAUCUAAACGUUUUGUUUUGUAAUUUUGCUCAGGUCAGCUUAAACAGGCACAUGCGAAUGCAUUCCAUUUCGCCGGUGCCCAGCAUACAGUCGCCCCCGUGCCUAACAGACGGCGCGGCCGCGGAUCCGUCGGCGGUGGACCGCUACUGUCAAAACUGCGACAUUCGAUUUUCCAACCAGCGCACUUACCAAGCUCAUAAAACGCAUUACUGCAACACGCGGCACGUGGUCAAGCCGAUGCCGCCCAUUUCGCCGAUGCCCAACAAUACGUCGUCGCCAACCAGUAUCGUGCCUACAUAUUUAGCGCUGCCCACGAAUCCGAUUAUCGUUGUUCCUUACGCUCUCGUGCAAAACGCUAGCGUUCUGCCCGCUCUGUCGGACGUAGUCCCGUCUCCGCCCACCGACACGGCGUGCAUCCUCCUAUCGGACGGCACACUGCAGCCCAUUGCCCAAGCUUUCAUGCCCACCAAAUUCAACGCGAUCGCCAAAAACAUCAACAACAACAACAACAAUAAUAACAGCAGCAACAACAACAACAACAACAACAACAACAAUACCAGCAUACACAGAAAUAACUCGCAGUCUCCACCGGAAGUGUUCUUUUCGCCGGUAAGUACUGCAUAAUAUCCGCAACAACCACACUGACCUUCGGUCAUUUUAAAAACACAACACAUAUGUCUUCCCGUAAUGUAAUAACGUACAGCACGCGUAGAAAACGUAAUAUACGUUUUAAUUUUAUUUUUAUUUUUAUUCUUAAAAUUAUACAAAUGCGUUUUAAACGGCGCAACAAUUUCAAGUACCCCUAUAUACCUUAAUUCGAAAUAAUGUCGAUUUAACGAAUGUACAACGUAUUAUAUUAAAUAUUUUUCAGCCCAAAAAGGUGGAAAUAGUCAAUCAUCAAGAGGUGAAAAGACCGAUUGCCCAAUCGUCGUCGCCACUGGAUCUACGAUUGAACCGCGUGGCAAAACCGUCCCAUGACAUCAGCACGGACGGCGAAGAGGAAAAAGAAAAUCGGCUAAGUGACGGCAACAUUACGGAUGCCGAGGACAUAGUUUGCGCGCCGUCCAUUCCCUGCAUGAUACUGUCGCCGUCGUCCUCUCCGCCGUCUGGUAACAAAACUCCGCAACAACGGUCCGUGGUACAGCCACCGAUAAACGGUAUAAUUCAGAAACCUCAAACGCUCGAGGUGUUCGAUGGUCCCGAGAGGAACGGGAAGUUUAGCGUUUCGAGCCUGUUGCACAUGACCAACAAACUGGAAAACAUGAAGCAAGAGUCGGUCGGUGAAGUACAGCCGCCGCCGGCCGUGGUCCAGAGAUACAAUAUGCAAAUGCACCACAAGUCCCGAAACGUAGUCGUGCCCACCGGCCCGGUUUUGCCGUCCGGCAUCAUGCAGCGCAACGAUCUUCUAAACCAGGGCGGAUUGCCGUACUUUACAUCCGAGAUGACUCUGAGACUGGCCACGAAUCCGGUGCCCGAUAGCAUACCAACCACGCAUCAGUUUUUCUUGAAACAAGGCCCUUCCAAGUGUGAGAGCUGUAACAUAGUGUUUUGCAAGUACGAAAAUUUCUUGGCGCACAAAAAGCAUUAUUGCGCUUCCCGGCCACCUCAAAACGACGUAGACGACGCAGACAAAACGAGCCCCGAAGGGUCCCCGGGGCCCAAGCCUUUGACCGUAACUUCACCGCAAUCAUCGAAGGAUAGCGUUAGUCCUACACCGACACUGAAACCACCCAUGAUCCAGUUCAUAUGUUCCACGUGCGGUGUAAAGUUCUCGUCGUUCGACAACCUGACCACGCACCAAUCGUUCUACUGCCCGAACCGAAUGACCGGAACCCAGGAUCAGGCGGACAAAUCCUUGCUUCAUCUCAAAGCAUGUCCGAAAUGCAAAGUAAGUACUGACGACGCGCGGUGUCUAUGUGACACAUCAUUAAACAUCACGACCAUUUGCAGAUGAGCGUCAUCGAAGGGAGCCACCAUCAGUGUCAGGCGGCCAACUGUUGGAAAUGUCCGGUCUGCGGGGCUGUCCGCACCACCGCGUCGGCCGCCCAAAAGCAUUUAGACAACCACAACGGAAUUAAAGCGUUCAUGUGCACUAUAUGCCAGUACAAGGGGAACACACUGAGGGGUCUGAGGACACAUAUCCGGAUGCAUUUCAACAAACGGUUGAUCCCGGAUCUCAUGGUGAGCUGAUCGAUACAACUUUAUAUAGUGUCCCGGCACCUUAUCGCAUCCACCUAUAUUGUUUUGAUAAUGAUUUUUACGAUACGCUAAAUAAUGAAAUUAAAAAUAAAUAAAUAUAUAUUUACCGUUGAAAUAUGGUUUUUUGAUAAAUUUGUGAUGACGUGUUGUAUGCGCAGGAGGAAGAUUAUGUGUCGUGCGUGAUAGACGAAAAUUCAGUGUCGUCGACGGCCGACGCAGGGGCCAAAACUCCGGACGAUAAACCGCUGCCGCCGCAUCAGGCGACCGUUAAAGUUACCGGCGGCCGCGGCGACGACGAGCCGCCGGCGCGCGAAUUGGUGAUCGUCAAACAGGAACCGUCCAACGGAUCCGCGACCGGCGCGUCUUCCGACGUCCCGGAAAAUUCGUACGAGUCGUCCGGGGUCGGCGGCGUCAGUGGCGGUCAUCCGGAGCCGGACGUACAGCCGGCGGCGGCCGCCGACCGUCCGCCAUCCGUCGGCGGCAACAACAGGCAAUUGAUGACUACGAAAUACUGCAAAGCGUGCGACAUAUCGUUCAACUAUCUGUCCACGUUCAUCGCGCACAAAAAAUAUUACUGCAGGAACAGCGCCGAAUACAAAUGCAAAGCCGAGAACGCCAAGGCGGCGACCGUCACUUAGUGCUCUCCCUCCCCCCCGCCCCGCUAAGAACGACACGGCCGCCGCCGCGACGCGCGCCUAUAACAUUACAAUCAAUUACUAUAGGUACAGUCACCGAUCCUAAUCUUAUUAAGUGUGUUUAAAAAAAAAAAAAAAAAAAAAAACUACCCUACCUACAUUAUACUAUUAUACAAUAAUAUUAAUACUGUAGUAUUUGAAAAAAAAAAAAACAACUUCUAAUUAAAACCAUAUAUUUCGUAUACACCCCUAUUUCUUAUUAUUAUUAUUAAUAUUAUUACUAUUAACUACCC